AUGAAGGCUUCGCAGGCGACAUUCGCCGAUCACAUGGCAAGCGAAGGUCGUCGUGUCCGGGGUCGGCGAAUUAGAAGCAACCAAGCUUCUCUGUUCAUGUCCGGUGGCGAGGAGCAAGUUCCUGGCGUCACCAGUAGCGAAAACUUCGAACCAGUUGAGGUUUCCGAAGGGUUCCGAAGGCGGCUUGAGGUGCGAACGAAGGAAUGGUUCGAUGGGGAAAAUCAAUCGACGAGGUCGAGACCUUCGGGGGUCUAUAGCAAUGUGAACAAUAGAGAAAGAAACAAGGGGUUGAAGAUUACGUGUUCGGCUCCAGUAAGCUUCUUACUUCAUCUUUUCUUUAUCUUUGAGAUUAGCAGCAAGCGAAGUGUUUUAUGUGUCUUACUCCACGAAAACAGCCUCUCUACUAGGGUCGUUUCACUCUUCGAUGACAUCAAGAAAAUCAAAGGAAAGAGGGGUGUUUGGGGUCUAUUCAUCUUACCAAAAGUGUAA